AAACAAAAAAAAGAAGAAGAAGAAGAGGAGAGGAGUGCUGCUGAGCCACGACGAAGUCUGUCUGUCAGCCUUUCAGAGAGUGGAGGUCCCACUGAAAUCUCUGCACUGACUGAAGAGGAGUUGUCGCUUUGGAGCGAACCAGCUUCCCGAAAAAAAAACCCCACCUCAUUUCACAAGCAAAGUCAACUGUGAUGUUUUGUGCUCGCUGGAGGACUUGAGGGGAUUUAUCUUUUUUUUUUUUUUUUUUACGAAAGACACGUUAACGUUACGCCACGCAUGCCGCAACGAUCGAGGUAGCACCAAACGGCUCCCAAAUUCCUCUAAAUUAAGUUAAGGGUAGCUUUUGCCGUGAUGUUCAUGCAUGCAGCAUGUUUUUUUACAUAAGUGAUAUGCCGUGCAGCUGCGUGUGUAUGUUGUGAGAUUUCUAAAAGUUAAGAUUAAUUGAGGGGGUUGCUGAAAAGCAGCGCAAACUUCACUUGUGGCCUGGACCAGACUGGUGGAGCCAGGCUAGGCAGCUAGCUAGCUAGCUUAACUGCCGUUUGCUAGCACCAACGUUAGCUUCUGCUCGGCCAUCAAGUCUGUUUUUGCCCUUUUCAUCCCCGACACGGACACACCGAACUGGGCCAGUUUCAGUAACUAAAGCAGUUAAACACAUGAAAGGAGCACCCAUGUCCCGUGCUGGCGUGUGUUAGGGGCGCUUUUCCAUGAGGUGGCUAACUUUAGCAACAGCAGCAGCAGCAGCAGCGUUAGCCUGUGUUUGACUGAACACGUUGGACUCGUUCCUCCGCCCAUCUUCCGGGAUGUCUUUUAUUUAUUUUUGUUUACCUGUUGGCCCACGCCGCAAAACAAAACCAGUUUCCUGAAGGUUUUUCUCCUCCAGUUUGAACAGUCCUCCUCGCCAAGGAUUAUUCUGUAUUUGACCGGGAAUAGUGCUGGAUGGUGUCUUAUCCCGAGUCAGUUAUGUGGCUCCGGACUUUGUGUUUGGGGUUUGUUUUGACCGCUGGCUGCUUCAUGAUGAGCUGUCAUCGAGCGAGUGGAGAGGUUUGUCCUAGCAAGGACAUCCGGAACAAUGUGACCAACCUGCAGACACUUGAGAACUGCACUGUGAUUGAAGGUCACCUGAAGAUCUUACUCAUGUUCAGGACCAAGCCCGAGGAUUUCCGGGGUCUCAGUUUCCCUAAACUGAUAGUGGUCACCGACUACCUGUUGCUCUUCAGGGUUUACGGCCUGGAGAGCCUUAGCGACCUCUUCCCCAACCUAACUGUGAUCAGAGGCAACAAUCUGUUCUUCAACUAUGCUCUCGUGAUGUUCGAGAUGCUCCAGCUGCGAGAGAUCGGCCUCCAUAGCUUGAUGAACAUCACCCGAGGAGCCGUGAGAGUCGAGAAGAACCCAGAUCUCUGCUAUCUCUCCACUCUGGACUGGUCCAAAAUCCUAGACUCAGUGGAGGACAACUACAUCAUGGCUAACAAGAACGACAGAGAGUGUGGAGACGUGUGCCCAGGGGCGGCCAUCGGAAAGACCACCUGCCAGACGACCACCAUCAACGGGCACUUCAGUGAGCGCUGCUGGACUCAGAACCACUGCCAAAGAAUGUGCCCUGUUCAGUGUAAACACCGAGCCUGCACCAAGGACGACCAGUGCUGCCAUGACCAGUGCCUGGGCGGCUGUCUGAAGCCCAACUCAGCCAGUCACUGCGUGGCCUGCCGCGGCCUCCAGCACGAGGGCAACUGUGUGGAGCGCUGCCCCGAAAACCACUUCACCUACAAGGGCUGGCGCUGCGUCUCCUUCGCAUUCUGCCAGGAUCUCCACAACAGAUGCAAACGGGAGAAGGAGCACAGCAAGAGCCCCGACUGUCACGAGUACGUCAUCCACAACGGUGCCUGCAUCCCUGAGUGUCCCUCCGGCUACACGACCGUCAGCUCUUCCUCGCUCAACUGCACUCCCUGUGCAGGACUUUGUCCCAAGGUAUGUAUGGGUCUGAAAACCGUGGACUCUGUCACGGCCGCCCAGGCUUUGAGAGGCUGCACUGUUCUCAACGGGAGCCUGGUCAUCAACCUCCGUGGAGGAAACAACAUAGCAGCUGAACUGGAGGCCAGCCUCGGCCAGCUGGAGGAGAUCACUGGCUACCUGACAGUGCGACGUUCCUACGCCCUCGUAUCCCUCUCGUUUUUCCGCAAACUUCGUGUUAUUCGUGGGGAGGAACAGGAAAUCGGGAAUUACUCAUUCUAUGCCCUGGACAACCAGAACCUGCGGCAGCUGUGGGAUUGGUCCAAACACAAGCUGACCAUCCUGCAGGGGCGCAUGUUUUUCCACUACAACUCCAAACUCUGCAUGGCUGAGAUCCGCAAGAUGGAGGAGGUGACGGGGACCAAAGAGCGGCAAGUCAAGAACGACAUCGCCUCCAAGACCAACGGAGACCAGGCCUCAUGUGAGAACCAUGUGUUGAAGUUUACACAGAUUCGAACAAUGAGCGAUAAAAUAAUGGUCAAGUGGGAACCCUUCUGGCCUCCAGACUUCAGAGAUCUGCUGGGCUUCAUGGUGCUCUACAAAGAAGCACCUUUUCAGAACGUAACAGAGUUUGAUGGACAAGACGCCUGCGGCUCCAACAGUUGGGUGAUAGCUGACGUGGACCCUCCACGUCGAGCCACGGAGGGGGACAAAGAGCAGUUUGAACCAGGUCAUCUCAUCCUGCCUCUGAAGCCCUGGACGCAGUACGCCAUCAUGGUGAAGACCCAGCUCUCAGCCUCUGAUGAGCACCAGGUCCACGGAGCCAAGAGCGAGAUCAUCUAUGUUCGCACCAACGCCACCAAACCCUCAGUCCCGCUGGACCCCAUUUCCUCAUCCAACUCUUCCUCACAGAUCAUCCUCAAGUGGAAACCUCCCAAUGACCCCAACGGCAACAUAACUCACUACCUGGUCUUCUGCCAGCGCCAGCCUGAAGCCAGCGAGCUCUACAAGUUUGACUACUGUCAGAAGGGGAUGAAGCUUCCGUCACGAGUGCCCACUCAGGUGGACAGUGACGAGGAGCAGAAGUGGAACCAGACGGAAGAGCAGGGCCAGGGGACACGAUGCUGUGCCUGCCCAAAAACCGACAAGGAGCUCAAGAAGGAGAAAGAGGACUCAGAGUACCGCAAAACCUUUGAGAAUUACCUCCACAAUGAAGUGUUUGAGAUCAAACGCUCGAGACAGCGUCGGUCUGUGAUGGGUGUCGCCAACCGAACGCACCCCUUCCUCACCACCGCCCCAAGCCCGCCGCAGGGCACAGACGUCCCAGAGGACGAGGACGAGGAAACCUUUGAAAGCACAAAGACUGUGGUCACCGUCCACGCCAAGGAGUCCACUGUCGUCUCCAACCUGCGCCACUUCACCAGUUACCAGAUUGAGAUCCACGCCUGCAACCACCCGACCGACCCGGCCCGCUGCAGCAUGGCAGCGUAUGUCAGCGCCCGCACAAUGCCUGAAGACAAAGCUGAUGACAUCGGGGGUCCCAUCAGUUCCGAAGUGACAGAGAAUACAGUGCACAUCACAUGGCAGGAGCCAGUAGCCCCUAAUGGUAUGAUCAUCCUGUAUGAGGUCAACUACAAGAGACUGGGAGACACAGAGGAGCUGCACUAUUGUGUGUCAAGGAACAUGUACAAGGUGACCCGUGGCUGCAAGCUGAAAGUGAUGCAUCCUGGGAACUACACAGUGAGGAUCCGGGCCACCUCGCUGGCUGGGAACGGAUCCUGGACCGAGCCCACGUACUUCUACGUCCAGGAUGCAAGUGACCCGCUCUACAUCGUAAAGAUCAUCAUCGGACCAGUCAUCUGCUUUGUCCUGCUGCUGUUUGUGACCGUGACAGGAUUCUUCAUAUUCAAGAAGAAUCAAACUCAAGGGCCCAGUGGUCCCAUCUAUGCCUCUUCAAACCCAGAGUAUCUCAGUGCUAAUGAUGUGUAUGAGGAGGAUGAGUGGGAGGUGGCUCGAGACAAGAUCAACAUUUUGAGGGAACUGGGUCAGGGCUCCUUCGGCAUGGUCUACGAGGGCAUCGCCAAGGACAUCAUCAAAGGCGAGGGGGACACACGUGUGGCGGUGAAGACGGUGAACGAGUCGGCCAGCCUCCGAGAGAGAAUCGAGUUCCUAAACGAGGCCUCGGUCAUGAAGGCCUUCAGCUGCCAUCAUGUGGUGCGUCUGCUGGGCGUCGUGUCUAAAGGCCAGCCCACCCUGGUGGUGAUGGAGCUGAUGACCCACGGAGACCUGAAGAGCUUUCUGCGCUCUCUGCGACCUGACGCCGAGAACAACCCCGGGCGUCCACCGCCCACUCUGAAGGAGAUGAUCCAAAUGGCCGCUGAGAUCGCAGACGGCAUGGCAUACCUUAACGCCAAGAAGUUUGUCCACAGAGACCUGGCAGCCAGAAACUGCAUGGUAGCUCACGAUCUCACCGUCAAAAUAGGAGACUUCGGUAUGACCAGAGACAUUUACGAGACCGACUACUACAGGAAGGGAGGGAAGGGCCUGCUGCCUGUCAGGUGGAUGGCUCCUGAGUCCCUGAAGGACGGAGUCUUCACCGCACACUCAGACUGCUGGUCGUUUGGGGUCGUGCUGUGGGAGAUCAGCACGCUGGCCGAGCAGCCGUACCAGGGCCUGUCCAAUGAGCAGGUCCUCAAGUUUGUCAUGGACGGAGGCUACCUGGACCGGCCGGACAACUGCGCUGACAGACUACACAACCUCAUGCAGAUGUGUUGGCAGUACAACCCCAAGAUGCGCCCCACCUUCCAGGAGAUCAUCGAGAUGCUGCGCGAGGACCUGCAUCCGACCUUCCAAGAGGUCUCCUUCUUCUACAGUGAGGAGAACAAGCCGCCGGAGAGCGAAGACUUUGACCUGGACAUGGAAAACAUGGAGAGCAUCCCGCUGGACCCGUCGUCCUACUCCCAGAGGGAACAGUGUUUGGACAGGGACGAGGCCUCCUCCAUGGGCCUGAGGGGCAGUUACGAGGAGCACCACAUCCCAUUCACACACAUGAACGGGGGAAAGACCAAUGGACGAAUACUGGCCCUACCGCGGUCCAGCCCCUCCUAACAUACUGUACACAACCCCCGCAAACAUGACGAUGCUAUAGAUUUAAAUAUAUUUUUGUUUUUUGUUGUCAUUUUAUACAGAUCACACUUUUAGCACUCUCUCUUCAGAAGCCCAUCAGCGCAUAUCUCAGGACCUUAUUUUUCUCCUCAGAUGCCACAAACACACACUACAGCAAGUCCACAUAUGGAUGCCAGAAGACACUUUUUGUAUUUAAGGAUGAAUCUCCCACGUCUCUCUUGUUCAUGAUUGUAGUUUAUAUACUGUAUAUAUAUUGUCAAGCUUGUGCUAGACUGGGUGGAUAAUGGAUUCAACUGUGAAACAAACUCUUGACAAACAAGAAGGCUGCUAAACCCACUGCCCCUUCCCGAGUCCAGACUGUGUCCCUCUCCCCUCAUACAACAAAAAGGGUUCAUCCCCAGAUUGCUAAGAUUUGAAAAAAGUGCCCUUCUAUUUUGUCUGUGGCCUACGUCAGUUGUCAUGGAACUGUGUCUGAAUCUUUGUACGCAAGUGGAUGACGAACUGAAAAUGAAAGACUUGGGGAACUCUCUGUUGGACGGUCAAAGACGGCCCAUCCUCGAACAAACUCUUAUCCACUGGAGAAGCUGGUUGAAGUGGCUUACCUCCUCACACUCUGCAGUAUUCCAAAAUGGCACACAGGAUGAACACAGGACUUUUUGUCAGGUUAUAUUUUUUAAAUUUAUUUACGUGUCUUUCUUUACUUUUCCGUUUUUUUUUUCUCCCCCUUUUUGAGUUUUCACAUUUACAGCUGAAGGAUAUUUAAACCAUUUUCAAAAACAUGUUGGUGAACGAGUUCCUCAGAUUGACCAAUAGCUGCUUCUUUGGUAUAUUUUAGUGGGUAUAGAAGAUGAAAAAUAUAUAAAUAUAUAUAUAAAUAUAUUAUUGAUGUUUUUGUACAUAGUUGAUAUGUUGUCAUUCUUGAGGUAUUUUCUGGUCAUAGAAAAUGUUUUUACAUGUUAGUCUCUUAUGUUUAUUUUUUCUAAUCCAGAAAAUUAUACUAAUUAGCUUUUUGGACUCAUGAUCAACCCACAGCACUUGGUCUUUUUGCUACGCGAUGCCCCGGAAAAAGAGUGUUUGGCGUCUUCAUCUUAAAAUGUCUGCCCAUCAUAUCAAGAUCAAAUAAAAUAGUGCUGUAAAUAAUGCAGCAAGGUGCAUUCAUGAAGAGGC